GUUUCAGUAGGUCAGUGGGAGACCUGAGUCGUGGCGUUGGUGAGGUCGGCGAUGAAGUAGUGCUUAACCUCGUGAGUAGCCAGACUAGAGGCUCCUCCUCCUCGAUCUUCAAGUCGUCGAAAACUAGAUUGAGAUCAAGCGGGGAGCUUGAAGAAGAAUUUGAUCUUAUUUUAGACAAUGAAGUCGAACACGAACCCUCGAAUUAUUCGUCAGUGUCGUCGUCGGCACCUACUACUGCAGCAUCAAGGGUGACCCAUAGGCGCUGCGCCGCUCCUGAAGAGGAACUGCAGCUCGUUAUCAAAGAUGAAGACCAUGAAGGGUCGUCACACAGGGCUAAGUCAUCACGAUCUUCAAAGCUGAGACGAGGUGGCGGACAAGCAGAGGAAUUUAUUAGUUUAGAUGAUGACGAGGUACAGACGGCUUCACAAUAUGCCAGGUCAUCUAGAGUGAUCAGUGCCUUACCAAACUACAAUCAACAACCUCCCCUUAAUAUAAUAAUCGGCCAUAAUGUACAGAAUACUGCUAAAAACAACAACGAUAACUUCUACGAUGAAGAGGCCCUUGAUGAUAUCGUCAUUGAAGACUUGAGAACGGGAAUACAGUCUCGCUUAGAGUCAAAGAAGGGAAAGGGUAUCGGUGGGAGGGUGAAGGACAAGUUAUUUCCUAACCGGCAUCUGCCCAAGAAGAAGAAAAUGAACAGGGUUAAAAAGGCCGAAAAAUUUGUUGAUUCCAUCAUGGUUGAGGAUCUAGACAAUCAGGGCCGCGUGACACCAGUGUUUGUUGAUGAGGAAGAUCUCACUCAUGACGAAUUUGCCCAAAAGAGAAAAGACAUACUGAAAAACCCACCAAAGAAUUAUUUAGAAGGAGAAGUAGAGGUCAUCACCUUGGAUAGUUCAUCACCAUCCACUUCCCAGGAAAGCCAGAUGGAAGCCUUACACGUGAUAGAUGAACGAAGAAAACACGCCCAUAAAAGAAAAGAAGAAAAAAGAACAGCGAUGAGGCUCGAGGGUAUCGAAGAAGAGUCGCCGGAUCGUAGCGUAAUUCAAACACAGGAACAGCCUCAAAGGACUGUCCUCUCGCCAGAAGAAUAUGAAGAUUACAUUGGAGAAGCAGUUGAGAAGGACUAUCCUGAGUUAGCAGGGAGGACGGAUGCUGAACUGCCUCUUGCAGUUCAACAGCAAGACCAGCAGGUGAAGCAGGAACAGCAAGUACUCGAACAGGAACCGCGAGAAGAGCAGCCUCAACAGGAUGAGACCAAGCACCAACCCACGGGUCCUCUCUCAGGUUCGGCCUCAAUGAACUUCAUGGACGACCACAGCCCGACGAGCAACGGUAAUGGAGACUUUUACCACCGAUGUGUUGCAAAAUAUCCCAAAGAUCCCCCUAGGCAGGCCUGUGGUAGCUUUAGCGUAGAGGCAAAGUAUCUUUUGACUAGUGAAGUGGACCGUAGAAACGAGAUAUGUAGAAAUAGCACCGAAACAAAUUUGCUAAAUAAUAAUGAGAGUAUCAAUAGUUUUGCUACCCAAUUUAGGACUAGCUGUGUUGCGAGUAAUUAUGUGAGUGAUAAUAGGAAACCUAUGAGAACUACAAGUGUUAGCAGUUCGACUAGUGCCUCUGCCAAUGAAUCAAGGAACAACAGUACAAGCGCUUCAGAACACAGUAGUAUGUCUAUAAGUACUGGUAGUAUGUCUAGUAAUUUGUCGAAUGUCAACAAAAACAGAUCAAACCUCUUUUUACCAACGAGUACAACGAGCUUGCCCGAAAUCUCCAUAGAACCCCCAACUCCACAAGCUCCCAAACCAAAGGAUGGCUUUGAUCGGGAGAGCAAAGUCAAGUAUGACCUUAGAGUACCUGGCUAUAGAAGUAUGUUUCUCACAGUACCUGGCUUUGACGAUAGUGACAGGUAUCUUCCCAAAUAUUCUUUUGAUAGUGAUGAUGAAGAACAAAGUAGUAGUGAUGACGAUGUUGUGCACAAACCUAGUGUCUUCGCCUCCCUCGCAGGUAUAGAAGAGAGCCGUGGCCUUAAACGGUAUGGGAGUAGCUGUGACAUCGCUAAAUUUGGCAUAACGACGGAAGAGCCGACUUAUUCCCAUGAAGACGACUUGAAUGCUAACUUUGAAAUUAGUGCUCGUAAGUCAAAAGUCGGAUCAACGGGGAUUGGGCCUUUCGUAGCUGGAAAAUUGGCAGUCUUUGAAAAAGUCGCUGAAGAGGAGCAUCAGAAAUUCAUCGAGUGUCAGGAGGUGCGAAAGCGUAUAUUCCGGACUCCGAAGAAGAGUGGAGAAUAUAUCGAAAAGUUCUACAGCCCCAAAGUGAUUGAGACGAUUGACGCUAGAGGGAGUGUUAGGAGCAGAAACCUGCGAUACUACGAUGAUGAAUACGACGAUUACAACAAUCACAGAUCCCCAACACCAACAGAGAUGAUGACACCGUAUGGCGGACAUUCAAGCCCACAAAACCUCUCAAAACACCCCCCAUCUAUUAAUAUUUACCCGAGCAGCGACUGUAACCCUGAAAGGUCCCAUUCACCCUCUCCAGAUUAUAUUGCAGCGUCAUACGAUAAUGAUGACUUUGAAGCUUAUGAUUAUUUGGGUGAUCGACCACGAACAGCAACACCUAUGAGUGAGAAGAGAGAAAACAGCCAAGUCUCUCCAGUGCCUCACUCGACCACUGAUCACAGCAACUACUGGCAGUCAACGGAAUACCGUGACAUCGGUCUAUCGCAGACGUCUUCUCCCGGGCCAAGCACCUCUCAGCCUCUCAGCACCAAGGAUAUCAUCGAUCAGCGCACAGAAGAGGUGUUAGAGAUGCUGGACAACAGCUACUCAGAUAUGUUACCUGAAGAUGCUGGACCGAGUCACUACAACACUUCCGCUUGGCAGGACGAAGAUGAUGCUGGUGGCGCUGUCGCAGGUUACAGCGGCUACGAGACCCCAGAGCCACCCACCCGAACCAUGUCACCUCUACCCGACCGUGACCACCUCGAUGAUGUGUUCGACAUGGAAGAGUACGACAGUUUAGGGUCGCCGACGUCCCUAGGUGGAGGACAGAAGCGGAAGGCUGCACCUCCACCGCCACAACCUGCAGGACCCUCCGCUACCCCGGCCUCAGACACUAAAAGGGGAGGCUUCUUCGGGAGGACCAGGAGAGACAAGGAUAAAGACAGGGAAAAGGAGAAGGACAAAGAAAAAAAAGACAAGGAGAAAAAAGAAAAAAAGGACAAGAAAAAAGACAAGGAUAAAGAUGGUGUUCCAGGGAAAAGGUUCCAGCUUUUUGGAGGCGCCAAGAAGACGAGUGAGCCCAGUUCCGCUGACGAAGCCCCAGCCAAGUCUCCCAAGAAAGACAAGGGGAAGCGCAGUUUCUUCGGGCGAGGAAGAGAGAACUUUAUUGGUCGCACGCCGCACAUCUCAUUGGAGACUGACCCGCAGGUUACCCAGAAGGUAGAAAAAGAAAUGGCGCCUACUGAAAAGUAUCGAGUUAGGGUUUCGUGCCUGCCAGAAACUCUUGCAACCUAGUGUAAUGGCAGUGGCGCGGAUGACGGGAGAUUCGUUUGAGCAAGACUCUAUUGAUUUGGAAGGGGAGGCAGAUGUACUGUGAGGUGUGGUUACUCAACGACUAGGAGUGCGAGGCGGUGGAAAUGGAUGAGAGGCUGUUCUUAUUCAGAGGAGAGGACGCGUUUGUCUGGAGUUGGUUGAAGCUUCGUUUUCUAUGAUGUUAGGGAUGAUUAUACUCUAGGUUUCUGUAAUGGAAGUUGAGGCGGUGGCUUCAUUAUUUUUUUUUACCAAGAAAUGCGCUGUUCUCUGUUAAGAGAGGAUGAAAGAAAAGUGUUUUAAUGAUAGAAAAGAGAACAAGACGAAGAAAGUGGUCAUCAUAAGAGCUGAGUAAUUUAGUUUACUAAAUGAGCAGGCACGAGCGUUAGUGAACUAAAACUGAGAAAAGCUGUUACCUCUAAGACGAUAGAGGAUUAAAUAAUACGUUCUGUGAAGCUAAAAAUAUUUGUUUUAUGUUAAAUGAAAGAGUACAUUAAAUGAGAAGAGAAAUGGGAGAUACGAAGGUCAAAUAUAUAAUGGUGGUGCAAGAUUUCGUAAGAUAAAAUGGACUCAGAAACGUAAAGCAAACAUGGAGAUAAUUCAAGGUUUAAAAAUGCAUUGAGGUGACAAGAGAUUCAGUAAACUUCAAGAUUUAAGAGAAAAUACAAAAUGGCGAUAGGCGAGAGUAAAAUCAUUAUAAAAAAAAUAGUAGCUUUAAGCAACUAAUUACCUUCAGUUUAACACGGACCCGCCAUCAAAUAAUUUGCCAGGCACAAGCAAGCAAGUUUGCUCUGAGAUGCUCUUCUGACCAAGAGGACAUUACAUUUUCCUUUAGUUGGAUUAUAUGUCAGACACUGUAAGAUUAUUAAAGCAGUUCAGUUUUAUAAGCCCGUUUGUAUUUUGUUUUUUGUCGUCUGAAGUCUCUUUUGACUGAUGGUCAUCUGAAGCAUCGGCUUCCGAUGUUUCAGCUGCCUUUACAUCACUUAAAAAGCAUGACCCUUUACAAAUGGUCAGUACUGGAGGUGUCUCCCUGCUCACUGCUGCUAGGCGUGUGGCUGCACCUUAAUAAUUCCUCGUCUGUUUGUGAAGUUCACAAUAUAUCUUAGUUGUACAUGUAAAUGUAGGUUUCGUUUCCAAGGUUUGAAAUGCAACUGAGUGCUACUGUAAAGUGGAAGGACAAGGAUUUCCAGAUUAAGUGCCUUCCAUCUGUUGAACAAUACCCUGGGCAUUAGCAUUUACGUUAACAUCAGGUAAUUUGUACUGGAAUAAAUUAAAUAAUUUAAAACUAUUUUGAACAAUUAGCAAUCCUAAAAUUAUUUGCAGUGAUUAUGUACCUCCUGAGCAUACGAGAUCUUCAGAAUAGAAGAAACCUUUUAAGUAUGUCAUAUGACGCCAGACUCUGCUAAUCGAAGUUAUCAAGUAUACUUGAUAAGUUUGAUUAGCAGAGUACAGAGUACGUUGGUACGUACCAACUGUCUCCUGAAGACAAAAGUUCAUCUCGCAUGACGCGAUCAUAGAUUCGAAGCUCAAUCACUUGAGGCGAGUCUGCGUGAGCCUUAAGAACAAAAAAAAAAGUUGCUAUUUAGUGCGUUUUAACCAGUUGCUGAAAAAUAAGAAGGUAUGGAGUUUCUCUCCCUCGAAAUGGGUGGGAGGAAGGAAGGAGAACACUAGUACAGAAUCUAAUCUGUCUCCUUGGAUCAAAAGUGGUUACCUAUUGACCACAGGCUCUGACUCCAUACAUAAUUAAACGCUUCUUCAUGAAUAAAUCGUGGUAACAAUGCCUCGCAUGCCUUACAUUGCUAAGAGACAUCCCACUGAAGUUCUGUUCAACUCCUAACCUUAAGAAUAGGACUAUCAUCAGUAUUAAAUCUGGCAAUAGUUAUUCCAUGUUCCAACACAGUUCCUCUUUUGACUCUUCUUAUAAGUUUCUAUGACUUUCCAGGUCCCUCUUUUGUCCCACAAUCCAGGUUUGCUUUCGACCAAUUUCCCGGGUUCAUCUUGAGUCCGGCUUCCCAGGUUCCUCUUACAUCAGACAUCUAAGAUUACCUUUUCGCUCUAGUCUCGGCGCAUUUUAAAAACACUAACAAUUUAAAGAAAAAACGAUUAAUGUACUUCUAGGCAGAAUCUUGUACAGCAUCUAACAGUCAAGUGGACUUGAACCCUUAAAACAUAAUAGUAAAAUUAAAUCCAGGUGUGUUAACACUGAAAUGACUGGUGUACUGGAGACGGACAAAAAAAAAAUCUUGAAACUAGAAGGUGGAUUUUAGACAAAACAGGAUUCCUGAAAGUUACAAAAUAUAAGGAGAGCAAACGAGGAUUGUUACAUCUGAUCAUGUGCAACACUUGAUGUCUUUUGAACAAUCACGGUACUAUAGCUAACUAUAUUUACAUAGAACUCAUUUUCUUAGGUAUAUUUUUCACCUCUAUUUAUACAGCUACUUGCUAGCACUAUGGCAUUCUCUCACUUAACUGUUCUUGGCGUGUGCCUAAGACACUAAGAACAUCAACUCAUUUUUGCCCCUCAUUAUUCUGCGCCAUUUCAACAUGUUAAAACAUCCGGAAGGCUGUUGGUACAAAUUUGUUGUCUAUAAAUAGUCGCGAGAUUUUUCCGCUGCUGAAUACGUGCUCAGCUGAUUCUGACCUCCCUUCCCUACGAUAGAAACGGCUUCCAAUUUGUCCCCAGGUGAUGUAUAACCACGACAGGUUUAGUGCUUUCCCCUCUUUCCAAUGAAUUAAUAAAUAUAUACUGGAAGCAUAACCUGGUAUUGACUUUGGGAUAGUCACCUCGUCACAAGACACCAGAUCCCUGUGUCUCCGUAAGUCUUAACUAUACAAUGCCGGUGAAAGGUUUUUAAUCCAAGGAACUGGAGUUACCCCUGGAGUUACGCCCUUCCCCAGGCGCUGUUUGAAACCUGAGGGUUUAACUCUACACUAUGAAUGUAACUGAAACCCGAUGAACAAUGCAGCUUGUGUUGAUACUCUUUGGUGCACUGUCAUUUAAUUAGAUAAAGUUUCCCAUCGGCGUUUUCACCCCUAAGAGACGUUAGAAAAAGUAUAUAUAGGGCAAGGGAGCAAGUGAGCAUAGGUUGAAGGUGGGGUAAAAUACUGCUGGCAAAAUAUAAGGGAAUCAUUGACAACAGGUUGGACAGAACUUGAUACAUAAAUGAGGCCGGCAGGUCAUCUGCAGUGUCCAGGAGUGAUGUUUUACCUGUUGACAUAUGAUGGUAGUAUCCUGGUUGGGUAUUAAUUGGGAUGCGAAGAUUCUGUUAAUAUUAUUACCACCAGAUUAUUAAGGGAUAGUGUUACUAUUGUCACAGCGGGUUUGGUCAUCCUAUAUUAAACUUUAUUAACUCUGUUGUGGGCACAGGCAAUGUUCUGGUCAUCAUGAAUUCAUUUUUUUUCCACGUAAUUUCCCUUUAAAAGAUCUUAUUUUGUUCAAAUACUUCUGUCAUACGCUCCACAAAGUAUGAAGGGGAGACUUAAACUUAUGAUUGGGUUGUACGUUUGUUUGCUCCAUAGAAAUACUCUGCAAAUUGUUAAAAAGUUUUUAUAUAUUUAAAUUUUAUCUUAAUGCUUUUUCUCUCAUUUAAAAAUUAAAUUUAGGAAUUCGAAAAUUUUUCAUUUCGAUCAUAAACUAGAAGGGGGCACCGUGAUAGAAUUAUUCCCCAGGGUAUAUAAGACAUGCAGCCAACAGCACCUCGAAGAGGAAUGCUAACAUAAUUCACAAGAUUGUAAAUUACUGCAAUUCCCUCUUAAUCGAUGACUGCAGGAAACGUACAACGCGCAUUGUCAAAGAAAACUACGUCGACACAACAAACACUUCAUAACUAGGCAAGCAUUUUAUUUUGCCUAAGAGUACCAUAGCGUCUAACGUGGCUCUGACAAUGAGAAGCAGUUAGUGAGAAACAAUCCCAAGUUCUUCGGCCAUUGUUAGAAAUUUAACAAGGAGCAAACGGACAAAACAAUCACCAGUGUAGACGUUUGUCAUACAUUGUGGAUGAUGUGACAAGUGCAACCGUGACGAUCAGAACAAUACCUGUCCUGCACACAAAGCUGGGCCAAAUCAGGAAAUAUGGAGAGACUUAAAUUAAUUUCACGAGAAAACCCCGGCUGAAGUAUUACAGGUGACCAUGAUAGCAGUAACAAGCACUAUCCCACAAACAUCCGGUAGAUAAAGCAUUUCCAAAGUUUUGACAAGCCGAUUACUACCUACCCUAGACCGCCAUUACAUGAGCCCAGCCAGUAACUGUCAUGCCGAGCACUGAUAACGACUUAAAGGCUUCAUUCAUAUGUUCGUCUAGUUGAUUUUUAAAUAUUUUCCUGUAUUGUAACAUUUUAUCCCUCUUCUAAACUGCGCUUACCUGACGUCUUGCAGAAUAUAAAUGUAUACUUGGUCUAGCAUCCCUGUAUUAAGACUUAGGAAGCCUCUCAUAGCGGAAUGUUUCCUCAAAAAAGUGUCUUGAACUGUGCUUCAGUUUUUUCUACAUAUUAUCGAUAUCACUAUAGUUUUUCCCAAGCCGAUGCAGUUUAUUCCAUGUCUUUUCCAAGCAAAUUGAACCAGUGAUUUUUAUAUUCUUCUGGAGAAGGCCUGCCGGCAUUAACAGUUCCUUCCCAUGAAACUGGAAUUCUCUGUUAGAGUAAACUUUUAAAACUCGCCAAUAAGAAUAACAAUGUUGGUGUUUCAUUCAAAAGAUUGUUCUCACAUAAUUAGAAUAUAGCUUCACAUUAUCAAUUUUAUCAACAUAUUUUCAUAUCUUGUUAAGAUCUUAUUGUAAACUUGUACAGUUUUUUUUUUUUUGAGGGGGGGGGUUUCUUGACGUUUGCUGUAACACUGUUCAUGACCUGUGAUGUUCUCUCGUGGUAAGCGCAAGUGGGGGUGGAAGAGAGAGUGAGCUUUUUAAUAAAUAUUUUUGGAUGUAACUAGCCAGGCAAUCAGGUCCUCUGUGUCUCCGUGUUUUCUAGGUAGACUAAGCAACGUGUUAAUACGCUCUACAUUAUGAAGCAGAGAAGCUCUUAUUGUGGCAGUUUCGAUUUAUGCAAAGCUCCUUUAUGUACAGCUUUAUUUAAAGCUUUAAAUAGAGCGAAACCUCAUCAAAGUAAAUUUUUGCUCAGACAACCUUAAUUCUUUUCGUCUGUCUUGGAUUUAUUACGCCUCUCCCCUUCCUCCAUGUUUAUCUUCAGAAAAGUUUUAUCCACAUUGCCAUUAUUCCAUUAAACGUGUUGUUUCCUAUGUUGAAAAAGUUGCUGAAAGGUAAUGUGGGAAUCACCGCCGUCUCUGUUGAUCUUAUUGUCGUAACCAGAAUGUUUAAUUUAUAGCUUGACACUAGAGCUAGUAGCAAGCUUGCAUUUUAGGUACUGUUUUUAAUAUGAGUAGACAUGUGCAUACAAGCGUACAAGGCAAACAAAAAUACAGAUACAUGAACACACAUUCUCAUACAUACAUACAUACAUACAUACAUAUGCACCUUUUUUCUGCCUUGUUAACUGGUUUAUAUAAGCUUUAAUAUCAGACGUCUUUGAUAAUGUCAUCUGGUCUAAGAAAUUGUGGAAUACAUUUUUUUAAUUACAUUUUUCAAUCUAGUACUCCGUUGUUAAUAAUAAAUAUUCUCAAACAA